AUGAAUGUGCCAACGAUUAAAACGGAUUCGGAGGUGGACCUUCAGACGCAGAGUACCUCUCGUCUCCAGCCGAGGAGAAGCACUGGAACUCCUAAAAAGUCUGUGGCCUCAAAGCUAUGGGACUUAUUGCAGCCCCUAGCGAGAUUAUGGGGACUUAUAACUGCCGUUGUGAUGAGCGGGGCCGGCACAGAAUUACUGGUUCUAGGGUACGACGUAGCCCCCGGUCUGCUCGUGGGUGCAGCUCUAGUCCUGAUCCUGGAGACGAUGUGGGUGGCAGCAUUGUUCGUGGACCUGCUCUGCAGACGAGGAGAGUACACCCUUUCAUUGCGGUGCUGGGAUUUCAUGCGGUGGUCCUGUGGCCGCGCCCGCGCUGCCAUGUACGCUUGUGGCGCCACCGCACUGCUGUUUGCUCAUCUCACACUGUUCGCUACUAUUUCAGGCGGCAUGCUCCUAGUCCUAGCAGCGCUGAGAGCAGCAGUGCCAUUCUCCCCGUACGCGACACAUGGACCUCACUCCCCGAGGGCUGGCAGCUCACUACUGAGCCAGCAUGACUCGCCGCUACCUGACGUGUUUUACAACGCGGCACAUACUGAAGAAGACAGAUCAGAAGAGAUGACAGUUCUGGAUAUGAGGACCACGGACAGAUCGCGGUCAACGACCCCGAAACCACCACUACUGAACUUUGAUUCGUGA